GGUGCCAGGCUGGCUCGCCGGGCGGGGAGGCGGGGCGCACUCGACUACUGCAUGAUCCUCAAAGAAAUGUUCCAAGAAAAGAAAUGGAGAGUAAAUUCUGAUUGCGGACGCGGUGUUCUGUUUUCUCGGGUGAGUGGAUCCGAGAGCUGCGCGUCUGGGGCCAUGUCGCCGGGCCAUCGCCGCCGCUGCGCUGCCACACUUGCGUCACCAACGAGGCCCCAUCCCUAAUCUCGGCGCGCCGUCAUCGCAAAACGGACCAAACAGCCGGAAAAGCCGAAAACGCAGCGAUGCCGCGCGACAUUGUCGCUCUGGCGCAGUACAUUUUCAAGGCCCGUGUCACGCGCAUAAUGAAUGCCCGCCCACUCAGUGCAGUGCAGUACCAUUGCAGGCGGCUCCGUACUUCCUUCCAGUGGCGCGUGCAGGUGAGAAUGUGAGGGGGCCCCCUCCUCCUGCAGCAGCCCGACGACGCCUGGACGACGCCUGGACGACGCCCCGACUUGCAACGACCCGCAGUCGCCAGUCGCAGACCGGCAUGCACGACCGGUCCCUGGACAGCAUGGCCAGCGACUCGUACCUGUUGAAGGCGGCGCCGGCCUCAUGCCCGCAGUACCCCUGCCAGAGCCGCCCCGUCAAACCUCGCCGCUCCACGUCCUGGCGCGUGGUGGUGGCGCUGGUGCUGCUGCUGGUCGCCGUCGUGGGCCUCGCCGCGCUGGCCUACCUGCAGCGGAUGGAGCUGCUCGACAUGCGGGCCAGCGUCGCCAACAUCAAACGCGAGUUCAAAGACAUCUCCACGAAUCUUGAGAGGCUGCACAUGUACAAGCAGUUCAAGGAGUGGAACAUAACGGUGGAAGACAACGACUCCGACAGCAUCUACGACACCAGCUACGAGGACGACGAUGAUGCUCUAGAACCGUACUAUUCUGACACCGAGGACACCAACGUAGUGGAGGGCAAGGCGCGCGACUCUGGAGACGGCGCACGCGCCCCCGUCCCGAAGCUGGAGCCAGCCAGCGGCCACCACCAGCCCGUCGAGGCCACCACGACCACGAGUAGCCCCGAGCCGAUAAUGUUCAUGGACCGGCGGCGCCGCGACGUUCGGCAGGCGGGCCGCCAAGCAGGCCGCCCUCAGCCGCAGCUCAAGCUGUACCACAUGCUGCAGAAUCCCGGGCUCUCCGCGGCCGCGCCUCCACCCGAGCAGCAGUGGAGCCAGUACGGCGUGCGCCACCCCCAGGACCGCCCCUACGGCCCCGGCCGGCCGCAGCCCAUGUACGCGGAGCGCGCCCCCAUGGCGUUCGUCCCGCCGCCGCAGCCGCCGCAGCGCCACGCCAUGGGCCACGCCAUGGGCCACGCCAUGGACUACGCCGCCACCACCGCGGCACCCGUCGCCAGUCGAAGGUCGAGGGUGAUGGACGGCGUGGGCACCUCGCCUGGUCCUGGCCAGCAGCAGCACCGCCGUCGCCACCAUCACCGUCUGCAGCAGCGGCAGCAGGGUGGAUUCCAGCAGCUUCAGAACCUCCAGGACGUGACCCAGGAGGUGCCGCAGAGCGGCGCGGCGCGCAGCGUGGAGAGCAUCGACGGCGACGUGGAGGUGGAGCAGACGUGGCGACCGUACGCCCCCGCCGUGGUCGAGGGCCCCGCCAUCGCGGCGCACUUCGUGGGCGACACGGCGCGGCACCGCGGCACGCAUCACUACGACGACAACGGGCGGCUGAAGCACCCCGCGGGGGAGUACGCGGACUGGACGGCUAGCCCUUGGGUGCGUGAGCUGGGCCUGGACCACCACUUCAAGCUCGCCUCCACCGGCUCCCACAUCACGGUGGACACGCCAGGGCUGUACUUGGUGUACGCGCAGGUCAACUACGCCAACGACAAGGACGAGAACGGUUUCUGGGUGUACCGCAACCAGCAGAAAGAGCUGCUGUGUGCCACGGCGGGCGCGUCCGGCCAGGACGUCCGCGCCAACACGUGCUUCACCGCGGGGGUGCUGCACUUGUUCAAGGGGGACCGCGUGUCCCUCAAGGACCUCGCCGGCGACCGCUACCGCGUGCUGGACCACCCGGGCCGGUCCUUCGUCGGCAUGGUCAACUUGAGUGCCUGCAAGCUCAAGGCGGAGCAGCCGAGCCGGGCCACGGCCUAGGCCUGGGAGUCCAGUCCAGAGUCUGGACAACCUGGCUGCUGACUCAAGGAAAGGGUAACAGUGUCCGGAAUGUGUCGCGUUUCGGGACAAAGUGGGCCGUUCAGAGAAAGAAAGAGAGAGGCUCAAAGAAAAAUAUCAUUUAUUGUGAGUUGGUUGGAAUUUCAAGGCUUGUAUUACAAGGUUUAGUAGAAGCCAAAUGGAAUAUACUUCCGUUUUGUUAAGAACAUACAAUGUUUUGAACAUCCAUUUUUUGUAACAAUCAAAGCUGUACAAAAAAGA